AUGGCAUAAUUAGCAUAAGAGGCUGAAGUCAGCCAAUAAAUUCAAAAAGUGCUUAAGCAAUCUGUAUCCAAAAGGGAAAAGCAGUCACUGAUCAAAUCUAUAAAAAAGAGCUCAAUCGCUCAAACUGGCAAGGCGUCCUCAUUACAAACCAUAAUCUCUGUCUCCAACUCAAUGGUGGGCACCAGCACGUUGGUCUUCCCAGUGCUAUUUUGUCAAUCAGGAAUUGGAUUGGGUAUUGUUAUCGCCAUAAUCAUUGGAUUGAUUUCAUGCAGAACCACUCAAUUAUUGAUUGUACAUAAUAAAUCAGAUGAGAUGGACUUGCCAGAUACCUUACAACGAGUUCUGGGUCCAAAGUGGAAGACCAUUUUUAACAUUAGUAAUGUAAUCCUCCUGUGGGCCAGUGGGAUUAUCUAUAUGAUCUUGAUAUGCAAUCAACUUUAUCCCUUAAUUUAAAUAAUAUGUGAUAAUAUUGGCAUAGAAAGCGCACCACUAACUGACAUCACUCUCUCCAAGCUAUCAUACUAAUGGAUAGGAAUUGGUUACACUCUAUUUAUUCUGCCAAUGUUUUUCUAAAAGAAACUGGGAAUCAUUUUGCAACUCUUACCCUAUGGAAUUAUUUCAGUAUUUUCAUUCAUCUUAUUCACAAUAUAUGAAGGAAUCUAUAUGUUAGUAACUGACCAUCAAGGAGUGGUAGAUAAUUUGAAAUGGUUUAGUUGGGAUGUAUCCACAAUGGCUGGUACAUUUGCAUUGGCAUUGUUAAUAUAAUCUAUGGUUGUACCGAUAAUGAAGAAUAAUAUGAUUUAAUAAAAUAACAACCGAGAUAUUGCAAUUGGAUUUGGAUGGACAUGGUUUGUCUAUUGCAUGGCUGGCACAUUUGGAGCUUUUGCAGUUGCUGGAGCUUUGGCAAAUAAUUAGAAGUAAGAGGGCAAGAGUGGAUCUACUCUUUUAGAUUAUUAUCCAUCGGACAACCCCUUGGUCAUAAUUAUAUAGGUUCUACUGUUUCUAUAGUUGACUCUUGUCUUUCCAGUAUUACAAUUUAUCACAAGAUCCUAAUUUUUUGGUCUCAUCUAUGAUUUGGAAAGAUAACCCAAAUGGUAAUUCUACGCAUUCUCAUUGACUUAUGCAAUAACUUGCUUAGUGGUUCAAUGUGUCGAAGUUGAUUUGUCCUUAAUCAUUAGUUUAUGUGGAGCUGUUAUUGGAUUAUUUCAAGAAUACAUCAUCCCUAUUACUUUGCAUUUGAGUUGCUUGUAUGCCAAGAAGGGUUCCUAAACUCCCAAUUAGCCCAAUUAUAAUCAAGUCCAAGCUAGUGUGGAAUCAACAGAAUAUUUGGUAGAUUAGGUCGAUUUCACUAAGUUCUCACUCAAUGAUGAGGUUUACUUUAUAUUUUAUGGUUAAUAGGAGGAUUUGAAGUGCAAUGAUCAUUCAGACUUGCUAAAGCGUAUGCCUAAGAAUUUACGAAUAUCCUUAUAUUCAUUUAUUUUAGUGAUUGGAGUCGCUAUUGGAAUUGGCAAAUUGAUUGAUAUAUUUAAAUGA